UUGCCGCCGCGGGACAGGGUUCGGCGGGGCGCGCGCGGCCGCUCCCUGCCGGUGCCCGCUCAGCGCCCUCGCCCCCGGCGCCAGGCGGGCCCCGUGAUCACCGUGAAGAUCCCGAAGGACCGCGAUGGACGGCCCAAGCAGUUCGCCUUCGUCAACUUCAAGCACGAGGAGUCGGUGCCGUACGGGCUGCGGCUGCUCAACGGGAUCAAGCUGUACGGGCGGCCCAUGCGCAUCCAGUUCCGAUCAGGGAGCAGCCACGCCGCCCAGGAGAUCAAUCCGUCCUGUUCCCCGCUGGGAGCUCCUGGCGCCAGCCUUCCUGGCAUGCCUCACCCAGCCUCCAACUGCAGCAGGUAUGACAGGGUUCCAGACGGCGCGCCGGGCUUCCCGUCGAGCCUGCAGAGACAAGCGGUGAUGAACAGCGCGGCCCGGCAGCAGCCCCAGUUCGGGGGCAAAUACGAGCCCGGCUUUGCCCCUCCCGGCUACGCGCACCCGUUCCACGCGGGCCGGGCUCGCUUCGAGUGCGGCGCCGAGUACGGCCGCGGCAAGAGGGACGAGUACGGCUUCGAGGAGAGGGGCCACGAGGCCGAGCACCACUACCGCGGCCGCGAGGAGCACCACGAGGAGCGGCACCGCGACGGCUGGAGCUACGAGUACCGCAGGGACAGCUACAGGGAGCCCAAGUGGCACUCGGCGCGGCACUGACGGACUCGAGGGCACGGCCAACCGCGCCUCUUUCUCACCGAGUACUUGUAUAAACCCCCCUCCCAAAAAACACCCCCAGUGAAGGCACCUUUUAGUGUUUGUAAAAAAAUACCAGCAGUGCAGUCCUGCCAAACUCUGGUCUCAGUAUUAAAUGUGUUGGCGCACGCUCCAGGGCUUUUCACGGGGCGAGGAAGCCGUGGUGAAGUCUUGGAGGGGCCACCGCUCUGUCCUCCUGUCACAGAUCAGUGCUGGUAGUAUUUUUUUAGGAGAAAGGAACGUCUGUGUCAGAUGGAAGGGUCGUGUUUUCAGCAGAGUUGAGGUGGGACAUGCUGCCCGGCAUCUGUAGCAUUCCUCAUGUUGUUUUAUACAGUCACAUAAUCACACAUUGGUCUGGGGUGUAGGUACCUCACUCCACCCCCUGCCAGAGGCAGGGACCCCUUCCACCAGACCAGGCUGCUCAGAGCCCCAUCCAGCCCGGCCUUGAACGCUUUUACUGAUGGAACAUCCACAAUUUCCAUGGGUAACUUGUUACAGUGCCUAAGCACCUUCACAGUAAAGAAUUUUUUCCUAA